AUGGUCUUAGGCUCUAAUAAAAAUGCUCAAAAAAUCGAUCCUAUUAAGCAGCUGUUUAUUGAGAAAUUAAAGGAAUACAAUCAGAAGAAGAAAACAGCUGGUGGCGGAUUCGUCGAUGUAACAUCCGAGGAGGAAAGGCGAAUGGCUGAUGAACUUGUGAGAAUUCAAAAUCGUUUCGGUGGCGGAAAUUUAACCGAAUUUCCAAAAUUCGAAUUUGAAAAGUAAUACUCUAUUAAUAUAAUGAAGAAUAGUGAACACUCAUGUUCUAUUUGAUGUCUCAAUAUCGCGGAUGGUUAUUCUUCUUGAGUAUAGACUGGUUUGCAAGGAUAUCACACGGUAGAUAGUAAGACGCCAUCAAUAUGCAAGGCUAAUUAAUUUUCAAAGCAAGCUUUAACUCAAUCUCAUUCAAUUUUCUUAACAACGACCGUUUUCACACUGCGCAACAAUAUUAAGCACUAUGAAUUUUUUCUAACCGUAAACGGACUGUAAUGUAUUCGAAGAGAUUUCCUCUGUUUGUAAUUUGACAUUGCAUCAUUCUUCCAAAGUAGAAUAGAGCUGUAGUCUAGCCUAUCUUGACAAUGUACGGCUUUUUAACCUAGAAUGGAUGACAAGUUGUAAGGACUUUAUCGAUCACUGUAUAUCAUCCUAUGAUUCAUGUUAAAAUUAUCUACAGGUUUGCUGUAAUGGAGUACCAAUGAGAAAAAUAAGAAAUAUGGCUUUUAUGCGUUGUAAAAUUCAUAGUUUUGCUGAAAAAAUGAAAAAAAAUGAAAACUUAAUAAAUAAAAUGAAUUCG